AUGGCUGCCAACUUCUGGGGUACGGUGUUUCACUGGACGUAUGCGCGCGGCUACAUUCGUGUGCCGAUUGUGCUAGCGGUGCCUAUUCUGUUCAACAAGUACGGCCUGCAUCAGGUCGAGCCCAUCUUCCAGUACUGGAAUGACGGCCACAACCAGCGUGAUAUCUGGAACCGCCUUAAGGAUAAGGUAGCCCUCAUGGAGCAGGAGGAAUAA